ACAGUAAUUAGAACGCGAAUCUAUGGCGGACGCAUUCUAGAUUACUAGAUUAGAUUAUUUUCUGCUUCUUUGUGGUGAAGUUUUCUCAGCCGAUCCGAAGUAGAAGCAUUAUCAAAACAAUAGACAGUGUAUUAUGAGUUCAUCGAUCGUUGCUCCGUGCCCCUUUUGUCAUCUGACUGUUCCGUUAGCAGAUCUCGAGAGGUAUUUCUUUCUCUCUCUCAAAGACGCUCACAAUUAUUUGAAUGCGCUUCGCACACCUACAAGAAUAAUAUUAAUCUUUCUAGUGGUUCACUGGAGAAUCUUUUACUUUCUACGACACAAUCGCAGGCAUGCCAACAGUCACUUUGAAUGUGAAGAUGAAUAUGAGCAGCAACAUGAACUCGCUAGGGACAGGGAUUUGGCCCAACAGAUUUCUCUUGCCCCUUAUUCUCCUUGUUCUUCUUCUUCUUCUUCAAGUCAACCUCUCUUUAAAAAUGUAGUGCUUGUUGACAUGCCGUUUGAACCCAGGUGUAAUCAUGCGACUAAGCGUUAUGGAGAAUCAAAGAUUGACGAAAAUAUCUCUUGCUUAAUUGGUUUACAGAUUAGGAGCACUUUUGACAAAGUUGAAGCUGGUUUGAUGACUUUGUUGAAAAAAUGUUUGGAAAUAGAAGCUGGACAUUCAACAAGUAUAUUAUCAGGUUAUGUCGAUCAUUUCCAGAGCACUGAAUGUGAGGACAUUGGGUGGGGUUGUGGGUGGCGUAACAUUCAAAUGCUUACCUCUCACUUGCUUACGCAGAGACAAGAAGCAAGAGAGGUUUUGUUUGGUGGUUCAGGAUUCGUUCCCGAUAUCGCCUCACUCCAGAGAUGGCUUGAGAUUGCUUGGGAAAGGGGUUUUGAUGCACUUGGCUCUGAUCAUUUCAAUCACAAAAUUUAUGGUUCAACAAAUUGGAUUGGAACUACUGAGUGUGCUGCUGUCUUCCGUUCUUUUGGGCUUCAGGCAAGGAUAGUGGAUUUUGGUCCAAAGGAACUUGAAUCACUUUAUCUUUCUGGUCCUGAUUCAAGUCUAGGGGCACAUGUAUUAAAAAUAAAUGACAGAGGCAAGAGGAAGGCAUUUCAGGUUUAUGGACCAAUGGAUAAGUAUAUUCUGCGAAGUAAUCAAGAUGUUCACCUAUCAGGUCCUAGAGGGCAUGGAAAGUCUAUAUAUUCUAGUAUCUCGCAUGGUAACACUUUAGGAGGUGGAAGUGGUGAUUGUAUUAUGAAUAAAGGUACUAGGAAAGACAAGGGUCAUCAAGUCCUUAUCGAUUGGGUGUGGAAUUAUUUUUCUGAUAAAAGCUUAAGCAAAUCUGGCUACCCUAGUGUUAUUGUCAGCGAGAAAUCGCCCUUGUAUUUCCAACAUGAUGGACAUUCAAGAACAAUUGUUGGGAUUCAAGUCAAACAUCAACAGAAUGGGAUGCAACAAUACAGUCUCUUAAUUUUUGAUCCUGCUCAUAGAACAACAGUUAUAGAACGAGCCCUAAAAGAAAGUGAUGGGUGGCAAAAGCUUAUAAAAAGAGGGGUUCACACGCUGAGGAAGCCACAAUACCAGUUGUGUUAUAUUGAUACUGGAAUUGCCCAAGGGGAGGAGAUGGAACUGCUUAAGAGAAUAGACAGCACCUUUCUUGCAUUUUAGAGGAACGUUCAAGAAGUGUGGUUAUCUUAGAUUAAGUGACUGCAACGCGCUCACUACAGUUCUUUCGGACUCAGCAUCAAGGGCACUUGUUGCUUCAUCUAGGAGCAAAAUUACAGGCCUCUUUAGUAGAGUUCUUGCAAUGGUUAUUCUUUGCUUUUGUCCACCUGAAAGUUGGCAGCCUUUCUCUCCAACAGUUGUAUCAUAUCCAUUAGGCAAAUUACUUAUAAAUUCAUGUAUGUUUGCUUCCACUGAUACCUCCACAAUUUCAGUUUCAGAAGCCGCAUCAUUUCCAUAGCUGAUAUCGUCUCUAAUUGAGGAGCUAAAAAGAAGUUGUUGCACCAAUCCUAUUUGUGUCCUCAGCCUUCUCAGAUUGUACUCCCUUAUGUCUUUCCAAUCAAUAAGAAUCUUUCCUUCCCUUGGAUCAUAAAAUCUUAGCAAAAGGGCCAAAACAGAGGAUUUUCCUGCUCCACUUGGCCCAACGAGAGCUACCUUUGAUCCAGCUUCAAUUUGUAAACUGAAGUUGUUGAGAACAGUCACUGCUGGUCUUAAUGGGUAGUUAAAUUUGACGUUUUGAAAUUCAAUUAUUCCCUUGAUCCUCUCAAGACAUGAAUCUUCCGGUGUAUCUGGUUCAAUUUCAGUUUUCCGGUCGAGGGUAUAGAAUGCAGGAGUUAGUAUCCUGAUGGCAGAGAUGAUGGUGGGGAUCAAUGUCCAUAACUCAGUGAUUGAAGGUACUGUGAGAGAGAAAAUCUGGUAUGCUCUUAUGCGGUUUUCAAAGGUGGCUUGCUUUUUAUCAACCAAAAUUGUUGUGUACCACAAAGCGACAGCAUGUGCAAUGUUCCAUAAACAAAGGGAGAAGCCUUGAAUGAUUCCGUACUUAAUACUCUCUCUCCUGCUCUUCCUCUUUGGGAUUUCAAGAAAUAUUCUGGCUUUCCUGAUUAUGUGCUCUUCAUGACAAAAGGAUACUAUGGUUCUUAUGUUGGUUGCAGAUUCAGAAGUUAGGCUGAUAAGUUCAUAAUGUGCAGCAGCUGAAUCACCUGAAAAUCCUUUAGCUGACUUGGCUUGAAUCAGGCCACCGAUGAAGUGGCAGGGCAUCACAGCCCAAGCUACCAAGCCCAUUCUCCAGUUUACAACCAUGCUGACGAAUGUUGCAAUCAAUAUGGAGGAGAUGCAUU